GUGUCGGGCGCUUGUUUACUUAUCCUUACGGCACACGUGCGGGUGUGACGUUGAGCGCGAACGAGCUCUCGCGAGUCGCGACCAGUUGCGCGGUCGUGAAUCCGCGCGGAGGACGAAUUGUCGAGGAUGCAGAAGGUGAAGAGAAAAGGUAGACCGCAGCAACCCUCCUCGUCCGUCGCUGUGGAAUCGCCGACGGACGCAGAGAUGGGUAAGGACUUCGGAAUUCUCAUGAACGCGCCGCUCUCGAAGGGCGGGCACUUCGUCUUCAAGUCGGAGAAGGCCUGGACCGUCGACUCGUCGCAGUACUCGGAAUUCUUCACCAUGAACCUGAAGGCGCUGUCGGCCGCGAUCGACUGCGUCCCGUUCAACGAGUACAUCGACGUGGCUGACGGGUACUUCGUGAGCGACCAGCUGACGAGUAUCUACAAUGACGCCGAGAGAGGCAGGGCGGCUUACAGCGCGAUUCUGGACGAUCUGAACGCAUCGAGUUUACCGGACACCAAAGACGAAAACACGAGGACCGAUGACUCGAAGAGUGUGCAGCUGACGACGAGUACGAAGCCAGAAAACAGUAUUGAUGAUUUGGAGGAAGAUCUGGAUUUUUUGCUGUCUCUAAAGGAACCCGUCCAGAGCACCACUGUGAUAGGAAUCGCGCAGCCCACGUCGCUAUCUACGUCUCAUGGCAGUGAUUCCAAGACCAAGUCGAAGACUGUUCCGAAUAAACCAAUCGACUUGGAGAAAUGGCUGGAUUCUGUCUUGGACGACUAACUUUCCCAUGUUGUUACGACACGUUGGUACACACGAACAAAACUGUCCAAUUGACUCAGGGAAAUGACCAACUUUUCUAUGUUACGAUACGUUGGCAUACAUUAACGAAACUAUCGACGCUACUUUAAAGGAAAAGAAAAAAAUACAUGCACGUAGUCGUACACCACGAGCAUAAUAGCGCCGCCUGGACCUAAUCUCAGCACCUUUGGCACCAAGCCUUUGUACAAGGCUCUAAAUCUGGAACGGGACAGAUUGCACGAGUGAGAGCGCGAUCCCGGGUACAACCACAUAUCGGUAGGCAAAACGUAUGUAU